UUUGUUAGCUUUUGAUCUAUGGUCUUCCUAUAUUUUGUUUUUUCGUUUUUUUUUUUUUACUUUGUGUCCGUUGUUUGCUCUGCUUUUGGUUUAACUCUUUUUGCUCAUCAUUUUGUAUUUACAUCAAAAUUAAGAACUGUUUCAUCUCAAAGUCUCACGUACUUGUUACUCUUCUGUAUAAAAUUAAAACAAUCUUGUAGCAAGUGUCUGAGGUAAGGUAACAGUUAACAUCUGUCUACUAUAGGCAAUUGGGUUUGUGUGAGUUUGGGUAUUAGCAUUUUGCAAACAUCAAAUAAUUAUCUCAUCUACAGUUUUGAUAUUGAUGACUUGGGACUACUUUUUCCUGUGAUUAUUACACGCUUCAAUCCAAUAUUUCCAAUAUUAUUUCACUGAGUGUCUAUAGCAAUAUGGCAUUUUCUGUCCCCAACUUCUCUGAUUUAUUAGAAACGACAUGAGGAUAAUGACCUUAGCUAAAUUAUGAGUUCCGAAGGUGUCAGCGAAGAUUGUCUAGGAUGGGCUGCAAGAGAUGCCUCUGGAGUUCUAUCACCUUACAAAUUCAGUCGCAGGACUCUUGGAGACGAAGAUGUUUAUAUUAAAAUUACACACUGCGGUAUUUGUUAUGCUGAUGUAGCUUGGACAAGGAAUAAAUAUAAGAACUCAAAGUAUCCUGUUGUACCUGGACAUGAGAUUGCUGGGAUUGUAACAAAGGUUGGUUCCAAUGUCCACCGUUUCAAUGUCAGUGACCAUGUUGGGGUGGGGACUUAUGUCAACUCAUGCAGGGAUUGCGAGUAUUGUAAUGACAGACUAGAAGUUCACUGUAUCAAGGGUGCUAUUCCUACCUUUAAUGGUGUUGAUUUUGAUGGUACGAUUACGAAAGGAGGAUACUCGAGCUACAUAGUAGUUCAUGAAAGGUAUUGCCACAUUAUACCCGAAAGCUAUCCAUUGGCUUCAGCAGCUCCUUUGCUUUGUGCUGGAAUUACUGUUUAUACUCCAAUGAUGCGCCACAAGAUGAACCAACCUGGUAAAUCGCUAGGAGUGAUUGGUCUUGGUGGCCUAGGUCAUAUGGCAGUGAAGUUUGGAAAGGCAUUCGGUUUGAGUGUGACAGUUAUCAGCUCUAGCAUGUCCAAGAAAGAGGAGGCACUGAGCCUACUUGGUGCAGACAAAUUUGUGGUUUCUUCUGAUCAAGAGCAGAUGAUGGCUCUGGCUAAAUCAUUGGACUUUAUAAUUGACACAGCAUCUGGUGAUCACCCGUUUGAUCCUUACAUGUCAUUGUUGAAGACUUCUGGUGUUUUAGUCCUUGUUGGGUUCCCAAGUGAAGUCAAAUUCAGCCCUGCUAACCUUAUUCUAGGAAUGAGGACUGUUUCUGGAAGUCUUACAGGUGGUACAAAAGAUAUACAGGAGAUGAUUGACUUCUGUGCUGCAAACGGGAUUUAUCCAAAUAUAGAAGUGAUUCCAAUCGAGUAUGUGAAUGAAGCAAUUGAGAGGGUCAUAAAUAAGGACAUAAAAUAUCGAUUUGUAAUAGAUAUUGAGAACUCCCUAAAAUAAUUCUAGAGAAAUAGGAAGUUUCUUACCAAGGUAGAUAUGGUUUGUGAUGGCUUGAGAUAAUUAGUAGUUAGUAGGAAAUUAUUCUAGAAUAUUCUCAAAUAAUAAGAUAUAACGAGGGGAUUGUGAGAGUGUGAAGUAUGCAUGUAUUGAGUGAAUUUGGAUUGAAAUUUGGGGAAGGAUCUCUUUGGGGCUAGGUGUGUUGGUCUUGGAGAGUGAGUGAGGUCUUUUUAGUUUAUUUUUUUUUUGUAUUUUCAUAGUUGUAUUUCCUGUAUAGUUCUUAAUAGAAGUGUUAAUUUACUGUUAAUUGUUGUUAUUCUUGUGUGAAUUGUUGGGUUCCAUCAGUUUGUAAUAGGUAUGAAUUUAUGCCAAAUGGUAGCUUAGAUUCCCAUUUAUACGGUGGGAAAAACUUCUCAACAUGUCCCGU